AUGCCCGUGUGUCUGCAGUGUGGAGCGUGCCCACUUCUGUUAAGUUGCAUCGAUUUCUGUCUGGCCACCACAGCAACUGCAGUCAGGCCAGUGCAGGAGGGAACUCUCGAGGAUGCAUCAGAGAUGCUUGGUGCAGUUCACGGGAUAACGUUCGACUUUCAGUUCAAAACGUCUGACUACUUCAUUCUCACUGACUCUAGUCCAACCUGCUUGACAAUCCAGUUCUUAUUUUCGGAAGAGGGAGUGGACAAUCUUGGUGAACUCUGGGUGCAUUAUAAAACACUCACUUCAGAAAGGCACGUUCAAACAAUACCGCUCAUGUUUAAAGAACCAACUGAAAGCAGACUAGGGAACACUCUCAUUUUCGAGUUUCCGAAGCCACCUAAAAUUGGUAUGAAUGAAAGAUGUAUUUUAAGCAUGCUGACAUGA